GAGAGAGGAGCAACGACAUGUUGUGUCUGCGCGACGCCGUUGGUGAACGACGUGGAGAUGGGUGGCGGUGAACCACAAGAGCUUGAAGGCGUUCGCAAGACCACCGGGAGCAGCAUCGGCGGCAGCUCCUUGGUCCCCACCCGGGCCGAACUGGAAGCCCGAACAGUGGCAGCGGGAGGGGAUCACCAAUCCACAACCCCUGGUCUCAUUCCCCGGAUACACGAACGCCUUCUAGGCGAGCACAACGCCCGUGGGAGCGGCAGGGGUGGGGGUGGGCGGGGAAACAGAGCAGCCGACGGAGGACCUACGGGGGUCCGCGAGAGACAGACGUUCAUGCGAGGGGGGGAGCGAGGCGGCUGCGACUCGAGCGUCACGAGCGACUUUGCAGGGGGUGGGGGUGGGGCAGCGGCGGCGGAAUGGAGGCUGUGCGACCAACGGACGAAGCACUGCACCCAGCGGGGAUCGCAUGGCUCGGGAUUCUCGUGCGGGUAUCGGAAUAUCCAGAUGCUUUGCUCUGCGCUCAUGGAGUGGCCGGAGUACAAGAGGUCAGGCACGGUGGUGUCGCAGAGCCACCGAUUUGUUUGA